GUUAAAGUUGGCAGAACGCAUGAGACUUUAACUGUAAAUCGUAAUCACCACUUGGCUGUCUUCCAAAAAGUAAUGCAUUUCUCCAAAUUGCUGAAAAAAAAAAUUGGUUCUUAGCUCGCGUUUGUCUGCUUAUAAGCGGAGCUUGUAUGAACAGCUGCAGGUAGAAUGCAGAGCAGAUUGGAGGUGAUGCGAAAUCAUAAGUUAUUUGGUGAGCCUGGAUUGCAUUAUUGGGAGGUUACAGGAAUUGAAUGCCUUGUCUGUUUGUAUACGGUCAGCUUAAGUUUCGGUUGCAAGCGAUGACGAUUGGCAUAGAGAAGACUGUUUUGCUCGACCAACUAUAUGAAUGAAUGCCGCACCCGACCGCAGCUGCAUUGUCGUACAUCCAUUGGAGGAGUUUUCAAUUCCAUUGAGGUACUAAAGUCCCAGGCCAAGAAUUUCUAAGAUCUCAUCGGGUUCUUGAGAUCUUUCUGUCGCUGAAUCUGAAGAAGGAUUACAGCUCUAGCUGCUGCUGCUGCUAGCUAGAUGGAUCAGAAGGUGGGUUGGGGCAAUCCAACAGCCUCAAAAUCCAAUCUUGAUGCUUCCUUUCUUAACUACUCUGGCAUUGAGCUCCAAGGAAUCAUCGCGUGCUCGGAUUCUGAGCUAAUGGAAUCAGGCGAAGCGUGGAGUGAUGGCCUUCUUUCUCAACCCUGUGCCGCUGCUUUCCCGCUCGUUGGGAGAGGGGACGAGAAUUUAAUCAACGAUGAAGAUGUGAUCUCUGCUAUCUUUUCCGGCGGUGACAACUUCUGUAACUUGAGCUGCAGCGGUGAGUCCGAGAUCAACCAUGGUUCCUUCGACCACCAUAAGUUCGGCAAGGAUGAAGCGGCCUCUCAAUUCUGCCUCAAUCCCCCUCCAAGGUCGAAUUUUGACUCCAGGAGGAGGUUCGAGGAGGAAAGUUAUCAGAUCGUCGGUUCUCGGAGCCGGAAGAGGCCGCGGUCGGAGAAGCACUCGGGGUGCAUGACAAUAAGCUUCAGCGAGGAGAGCAGCCGGGAGCCGGACGUCGAGGUGAUCGCACAGGUGAAGGAGAUGAUCUACAGGGCGGCGGCACUGCGGCCGGUGAGUCUGGGCGGCGUAGAGGAGACUGCGGAGAGGCCGAAGAGGAAGAACGUGAGGAUAUCGAGCGACCCGCAGACGGUGGCGGCGAGGCACCGGCGGGAGAGGAUCAGCGAGCGGCUUAGGGUGCUGCAGAGGCUCGUCCCCGGCGGGACCAAAUUGGACACCGCAACCAUGCUCGAUGAGGCCGCCAACUACCUCAAGUUCCUCAAGUCGCAGGUCAGGGCCCUAGAAACCCUAGGCAACCCGUCGAACACUAACGGCGCCGCUUCCGCCGCCGCCACCUUGAAGCGCCCCUCCUUUCCACUCGCUCUGAACCAGGCUUUCGCCGUUCAGAGACCUCACCCGACCAUCCUAAAACCCUAAUUAACACAUGAUCGUCUUCAUCAUUAGCUCGGGGAUUAGGGCUCAAAUCUCGUCCUCAAUAAAUCUUCCUGAUCAAAAUUCAAUUUUUAUUUAUAUAUAAAACUUCAGCUUUUCCAGGAACCACUGCCGCCCCUCUUUUUUUUCUUUCUUUCUUUCUUUCUUUCUUUCUUUCUUUCUCACUUUCUUUCUUUUUUUAAUCUUAACUACCUUUCCCUGUCCACAAUAAAGCAAUCCUGGUCUUUCAGAAUUAACGAAUCCUUGAAACGCUCCAGCUUUCGGAAAAAGUUCCUAUUCAAUUCGCAAUUCCAAACACACAGUUUGAAUAUCCCAUUUCCUAUUUCUUCAUCAAUCAGAGAAAUAAAGCCUGAGAGUCACACAUCCCCUCUGCCUUGCGAUGAGAAAAAAAACAAAAGAAAAGAGAAGAGCGAAUUCUGUAGGAACUAGUUCCAAAGGGAGUUGAAGGCACGAAGUUGAAGAUUGGCAGCCAUGCCCAUGGCAUGGCACUCACUCUGUUACUGAUUGCAUGUAAAGUAAAUUACUGCUUAUGUCAAGCAAAAUAGAAAACUAUACAAUCUGAGAGAAGGAAUGGGGAUGGCUAGCUCUAGCUGGGGACAGACAGUUAUCUUUCUUAGCUCUUUGCUAUCUUAUCUGAUCCUUUU